CCAAGCGCGCCGGGCGGGCGGUCCUGUCGCGGGGCAACGUCGGCGCAUGGGCGUCCCUCGAAGAGGCGACGACGUCGUUGUCGUCCUGGCAGGAGCGCGCUACCCGAUUCCAAGAUGGCGGCGGCGGCGGCCGGGAAGGUGAAGCAGGACAUGCCGCCACCGGGCGGAUACGGCCCCAUUGACUACAAGAGGCACCUGCCCCGCCGGGGACUCUCUGGCUACAGCCUGUUUUCCUUGGGCAUUGGCAUUUUUUGCUUUGGCUACUACUCCAUGGUCAAGUGGAACCGGGAAAGGAGGCGCUUGAACAUUGAAGACCUAGAAGCGCGAAUUGCUAUUUUGCCGCUGCUGAUGGCUGAGGACGAUCGAAGGACACUCCGCAUCUUACGGCAGAAUCUCGACGAAGAGGCCAAGAUCAUGAAGGAUGUUCCUGGAUGGAAGGUGGGAGAAUCCUUAUUCCACACCACCCGCUGGGUGCCGCCCACUGUAGACGAACUUUUCUACUUGCACCCGCAAAGCGAGCUGGAUAACGCCAAAUACGGCUGUCAGUUCUACACCUGAGUCUCGGCGCCGACAGUGGGGUUGGCCUCUCCUUCCCUCGCCUUCCAAAACUGGUUUCUUUCUUUCUUAAUAAACAAGUUGUGGCGGAA